GUCCAGCUGGUCAAUAUUUCAAUUCAAAAACUUGCUCCAGUUGCCCAGAAAACACUUAUUCCUUGCAAAACAGUUCGACUUGUACAAACUGUUCUUCUUGUUAUAAUUGUGUUGCUGGGACGUAUGGUGAUGGCAUUAAAUGCACUCCCUGCCAAACAGGUACAUUUUCAAGUGUAUCAGGAAGUGCCAGUUGCAUGUCAUGUCUUUAUAAAUCUUAUUCGAAUACAACUUCUUCAAUUUCAUGUACAGAAUGCAACUAUUAUUGCACUUCGUGUAAUGGGGGAAAAUGGAUUCUGCUCUACUUGUAUGGAUGGUUGUGUUUUAUCAGGAAAUUACUGCAUUCCGUGUCAAGCCGGAACAGCAACAAACAAAGAUACAAACACAUGCGAUGUCUGUCCAGCGGGAACGUAUUCACUCAAUCAAUCAACAACUUGUUUACAUUGUCAGGAUGGGUUUUAUUCAACAGAAAAAUCAUCAAUUUGUUUACAAUGUAAUGUUAACUGUCUCAUAUGCAACAACACAAAUGGGAAUUGCACGACUUGCAUUUCUGGGUAUGGUUUAGAUGAGUUGUCCAAUUGCCAUAUUUGUCCAGUUGGUACUUAUGCAAAUUCAGCAAACAACAAAUGCCAACAAUGUGGAGACAAAACAUAUCAACCAAAUGAAGGACAAACAUAUUGCAUAUCGUGUGAUAUCAACUGUGAAACGUGUGGUAGUGUCAGUGGCAAGUGUUUGACGUGUUAUGCUGGAUAUGGACUUGACAAUAAUGGGAAAUGUGAACAAUGUAGUGAUGGGUAUUAUUCACCCGGUAAGACAUCAUCGUGUUCAUCGUGUCCAAUUGAGUGUGUAAAUUGUUACAGAGAGAGUGGUGAGUGCACAACGUGUCAGUCUGGCUUUAAAAAAGUUACAAAUCAAAACACUGGAAAUGAAGAGUGUGUGUCGUGUUCAUUAAACGAUCAUUGUGCCUCAUGUAAUGUAAAUGCAAACGAAUCUGAGAGAACAUGUGUCGAGUGUUUGAGUGGGUAUUAUUUGAAACAUAACAACUGUUACAAUUGUUCGCUAAUAACAAAUUGUGUCCAGUGCUCACAAAAGAGCAGUGAGUGUCUGUCGUGUUCGAGUGAUCUUAUAUCAAACGGUGAAAAAUGUAUAUCAUGUAAAUAUGGCGAAGUGAAAGUCACUUCAAACAUGUGUGCAUUUUGUUACGAAUUGAUUCCAAAUUGCCAAUUUUGUGAAUACAACAACGGUAGUCAAUUGUGUGCAAAGUGUUAUGCACCGUAUGUUUUGAGUGAUAAAAAAUCGAUGUGUGUUCUUGCAUUUUUAAACUUAACGUAUUACAACUAUGACACCUCGAAAAGUGAUGUUAAUGAUGUUGGCUGUCUGCGUCAAGUAAAUUCUUCAUGUUUACUGUGGUGA